UCACUGAGCAUUCAACAUUCAAACAUACAAGUUAUAUAUAUGUUUAUUUCUGUUAUAACGUAUCACAUGUAGCUAUUGCCUAUGUGUUUUUGUCAUUGUCAUCAACGAAUGUUUCAUUCUAUAUCUCUCCUUGUUGCGCCCUCGAAGAUUCGGUCGUUAUCGCUCAUUGCUAAUGAUAACUGAAAAUUCAUUUUUUUGUUUGCCUUAGGUUUUUUGUACAUUUCGUCGUGGCCAUCGUUUGUUUAACGAGCUCCUGAAUUGAAUUAGAUUGAAUCAAUUCAAUAUAAACAAAAUUAGAAAUUCAUCGUAUAAUACAUACAAUUAAAAAAAAAGACCGAUCACAUCAAACUUGACACUGAACUGUGUCCAUUUUGUUCAUUGGAUUAAUCCAUUUUGUUAUAAGUGUCACAUAUGGCCUUGUAAUUAUGUAUAUCUUGAUUAUAAUACCCAAUUGGAAUCAAUGUCGAUAAUUGUUUUGUUGAUAACAUUUACUUUGAUGGCCAUGAUGUUAAAUUGCCAUUAAAAAGAUAACCCAUAACCGUGUAUAUUAUAUGUGCUUAUGAUCAUCAUCAUAUAACGCGUCAAGUGAAUUCGAUAGAUUAUGACCAAAACGCGUUUGCAACUACCCAUUAUAUAUAUCGAUAGCUUGUUUUGUUUUUGUAUGUAUGUGUGUGUGUGUGUGUGUGUGUGUGUAUUGAUGGCCAAUGAGUGGUAGUGUAUUUAGUUGGACAUGCAGUUGUAUUGGAAAUUAUCAUACGGAUUGCCAGCCAAACAGCUAAUCGAUUCAGUUUGUGGUUGGUGUUUACGAAGGAAUCUGCAAAUCAAACUUGUGUCCAUCAUCAUCAAUAAUAAUAUUUCUCAAAAUUCUCAUCAUCAUCAUCGUCCAGCACGUAAAUUGUUGAAUGGUCUACAUCAGUUAAAUAGGUCACAAUUUGUCAUUGAAUCAUCAAUAAUUGGUCUUCAUCAUCGUGUUUGUCGUAAAAUGUCGUCUUCAUCAUCAUCAUCAUCAAAUUAUAUGGCCAAUGUGAAUAACAAUAUGGUUAACAAUAGUAAUCACAUACACAAAAAUGGACACCAUAAUAAUAAAUCGUCACAAUUGCAUGAUGACUCGUCUACAUUGGACAAUGUCCACAUACCAGAUGAUGUGCUAACACGAUUACCUGAUUUAAGCAUCGAACAUAUCCGAGAACAAUUACGGCAAUGCGAUCCAAAUUGUAAUGGUCGUCUAGAAUUGAACAUGGAUGAUUCGACAGGAAUCGCCACAUUAUGCAUUAAUAGUCCACAGCGUAAAAAUGCAUUUUCCGGUUUCAUGAUGGCUCAAUUUUCAGAUCUGCUCGAUCAAUUAGAACGUUGGAAAAAGGGUCAAGUUAUCAUAGUUUAUGGAGCAGAUAAUUUUUUCUGUUCUGGAGCUGAUCUUAAAACUAUACGUCAAAAUAAUUUAUCCGAUCAAUGUGGUGCCUAUUACAUUUCCCAAUUAAUGCAUUCAAAUUUGACUCGACUGGAACGACUCCCUAUAGUUUCGGUAGCGUUGAUUGAAGGAAAAGCAUUAGGUGGUGGAGCUGAAAUAAUAACCGCUUGUGAUUUUCGUGUCGCUAUUCAUGAUGCUCGUAUCGGAUUUGUUCAUGCACGGCUAGGUGUUACACCAGGUUUUGGUGGCGGUACUCGUUUGAUACGUUUAGUCGGAUCUUGUACAGCACUACAAUUAAUGUUAUCAGCCAAAUUGAUCGAUGCAAAAACGGCUAACAAAAUUGGUCUCGUACAACAUGUUCUUGAGCCUGGUAUACGUGGUAUGGAAGCUUUAGAAGCAACCAAACAAUGGUAUCGUAAUGAAUUUGGUUCAAUCAGUUCAUUUGCAUCACGAGCAAUCAAAUCAAUUGCAGCCACUAGCCUGUGUAAUAUUUCCACCGAUAAAGCAUUGGAAAUUGAAGCAAAUAUAUUCUGUUCAGUUUGGGGCCGUGAAGAACAUAUGAAAGCAUUAGCUAGCAAUAUUAAACAUAAUGGAUAAUAAAAAAAAAAUUAUCCAUUUAUUUAUUCAUCCAUUCAUGUGUAUUUGAAAUCUAUUAAUCGGAGAAAUCAAUUUACCAUUUAUUUGUCAAUAACUAGAUUAUUAUCGAUUCAUAUUGUCAUUUGAAUUCUAUUUCUAAUCAUUCAUCCACAAUAUAUUAUUGAUUGAUGGAUGGAUGUUGUGACAAUUUAUACAAGAUAUAUUUUAUGUUGUUUUAUUUUUUAAACUGAAAUUGAAUUC